AUGAAGAAAGGGGCAGCCUCUUUGCUCAAGCAGAUUGGCACAGUGGUUGCAGCAAUGAUGCUCAAAGCCAAGCCCAGGGUCACGCUCCUUGGUCUGCUCCCCAACAAAAAGCUGAUGAUGAGGACCAUCUCCGGCAGGAUCCCCGGCAAGGUGGAAUACGUCGACGAGAGUGAGGAAGACGAGUAUCUGAACCACUGCCUCUUUGACUUGGAUGACGACGCUGACGACGGCAACGUCGGUGAGGAGGGCCGGAGCGAUGAUGAUCAUGAUGCGUGCUUGGCGAUCAAUUUGGUCCGGAGCUCACGAGAGGAUGGUGGAGCCGAGUUCAUCUUGGAGGAUGAGAUCGACAACGUCGCCGAUGUGUUCAUUAGGAGGGUUCGCAGUCAGAUGAUGCUACAAGAUUAG